UAGCUUUAUAUAGCACAGAACCCUAGCCCUCCAGCUCUCCAUCCCCGCAGCCACCGCAGCCCCGCAACCACCGCAUCCCCGCAUCCCCCACAACCCCGCAGCCACGCUUCGUUGUCAUAGCCGAACUCGUCUCCACUGGGUAGAGGCAUCGCGUGCGGAAGCUCCGUCGCUUUCGCAGGAGCUGUGUCGCCGUUGUAGGAACCUCCGUCGUCUCUUCUGUUCGAGCUCUAUCUCUUUGUGUUUGCCGGUGUCGUCGUCUCCUCUGUCGUCUCCAUCACUCCCCUUCCUUCUCGCUGCCGUAGGUGGUGUCCUCUUUGCCCUUGAAGAGGCAGCUUCAUGGUGGAGGAGUGCUCUUUGGUGGAGGACAUUUUUCACCACAGCAGUAGUUGCUAUUGUUUUAAGAGCUGCAAUUCAGCUUUACGCCACCAGGAAAUGCGGCUUAUUCGGAGAAGGUGGUCUGAUAAUGUAUGAUGUUGGUUCUUCCCAAGGUAACAUACAGCGCCGGCGACUUACUAGCAGCAAUACUAUUGGGGGUCAUUGGAGGAGUUCUUGGAAUUAAUAAGUAAUUGAUUAUCUAAGUUAUUUCUUUUGGUCUUAAAAGACGACGGUUAAACCGGUUGGACCAGUAAACCAAUGAACCAAUGACUAGAGCGGUUCGAUGACUGGUCCGGUUUUCAGAACCUUGAUCAGACUUGCAUCCCCAACCUCAGUCGCGCUCUCACUCUCACUCUCACAGGCUCUCACACUCUCACCUCUCUACCUCACUCACCUUCACCACACGGUCACCGCCUCGUCUCCGCGCCUCUCGCCGGAAACUCUGCCUCAUCUCCGUGCCGCCAGUUGUUGAUCGCAUCUGCUUCGUCCGCGUCCCUGCUCGCCUCCGUCUGUGUUGUCCUGGCCGUGUUGGCUCCGCUGUGGCACGCCUUCUCUGCAUCCGCCUCCGCCUCGUGCCUCCUCUGUCUCUUCUUCCUCCGUCUCUGUUGCCCUCGUGUUGGCUCCCUCCUCUGCCGGGUCUGCUCUGCUUGUGCCGGAGCCCUGCUCAUGCGGCCACCAUCUCCUCGCCGGUGGCCUGCCUCUGCAACGGUGGAACAGCCCCAACCCGUCCCUGACUGCUGACUUUUGUUCUACUUCUAGCCUUCUGCAGUGGAGAGGCUGCAGCUUGGUACAAUUGAAGCUGCUGAAGUUUAUAUUUCAAUGAUUUGCAAUUAAAGGACUAUCUUUAGCUUGAUAUGUCUCUUAUGGGUUAAGAACUGUGGCAAGAUGGAUUUAAUUUCCAAACAUAUAAGAUCAUGGACGAAACACAAGAAGAUGCAGACCCAUCAGACCAAGGGUCCUCUAAUGUUUGAUGGUGGCCUUCUGACUUUGUUGAAAAAUUUGGAUCUGUUUCAUCGGCCUUAAACAAUAAAGAACCCCGUAGACAUUCUGGUAAUGAUAUUUUGUCACCUAGAAAGCAUCAGAAAUUCUCUGGAGCACAGGAAUUCAACAAGAUCCAAUUCCAAAUGAAUUUUAUUCAAUCAUUCCGGUGAGGAUUUAUUAUGCCAUUUUUAUUUGGUUGUAGUUUUACAUUGUUCAAUAGUGAUUCUCAUCCAUGAAUCACGACAUGCAAGCAUGAGUUGCGUGCGCGAGGCCAAAAAACUCCAUGCCCGCAUUGUGAAGACCAAAGGAUCUUGGCACUCAGACAACUCCUCCAUUCUCUCACUCUACACCAACCUUAACCUCUACCAGGAUUCAAUCCUCCUUUUCCGUUCCCUUCGUUCCCCUCCUCCUCUUGCUUGGAGCUCCAUCAUCAAGUGCUACACUUUUCAUGGCUUCUUCCACCAUUCCUUCUCUUCCUUUAGUCAAAUGAGGGCACUUGGCAUUCGCCCUAACCGCCACGUCUUCCCUUCUCUCCUUAAAGCCUGCACCCUCUUGAAGGACUUCUACCUUGGCCAAUCUCUUCAUGCUUGCAUCCUUCGCCUCGGCUUCGAUUUUGAUUUGUACACAGCCAAUGCCUUGAUGAAUAUGUAUUCUAAGUUUCAUGGCUUGUGGGGCUGUGCAGGUAAGGUGCUUGAUGGAUUGUCUGAGAGAGGCAAAGCCAACUGCAGCACCAUGGUUGCUGUCACUAUGAACAUAGAUAAUGUCAGAAAGGUAUUUGAUAGAAUGCCUGUGAGGGAUGUUGUUUCUUGGAGCACUGUCAUCGCCGGAAAUGCUCAAAAUGGCAUGUAUGAGGAAGCGUUGGCCUUGGUCAGGGAGAUGGCUAGAGCCCACUUGAAGCCUGAUGCCUAUACUUUGUCAAGCAUUCUCCCUAUCUUUGCAGAGCAUGCUGAUCUUAUUAAAGGAAAGGAGAUUCAUGGAUAUGCUAUCAGAAAUGGGUUGGAUGCGGAUGUUUUCAUCGGAAGCAGCUUAAUUGACAUGUACGCAAAAUGUACUCGCGUCGAAUACUCGCUUCGUUCCUUCUACCUCUUGCCCAAGAGGGAUGCUAUUUCUUGGAACUCUAUCAUUGCAGGCUCUGUGCAGAAUGGUAAAUUCGAUCAGGGGCUCAUGUUCUUCCGCCAAAUGUUGAAGGACAAAGUCAAACCCAUGCAUGUUUCCUUCUCCAGUGUAAUACCGGCUUGUGCUCACUUGACUACCCUCAGUUUGGGGAAACAGAUCCAUGGAUAUAUUAUUAGAAUUGGAUUUGAUGAUAAUAAAUUUAUAGCGAGCUCUCUGAUGGAUAUGUAUGCCAAAUGUGGCAACAUCAAGAUGGCUAGAUAUAUUUUUGACAAAAUAGAGGCAAAUGACAUGGUAUCAUGGACCGCCAUCAUUAUGGGAUGCGCUAUGCAUGGCCAUGCUCUUGAUGCAGUUUUCUUCUUUGAGCAGAUGCUAAUGGAUGGAGUAGAACCCAACUAUGUGGCAUUUAUGGCUGUUCUAACGGCUUGCAGUCAUGCAGGGUUGGUAGAUGAAGCUUGGAAGUAUUUCUACAGUAUGGAACAGGAGUUUGGUAUUACUCCUGGCCUGGAGCACUAUGCUGCUGUUGCCGACUUGCUUGGCAGAGCUGGAAGAUUGGAGGAAGCCUAUGACUUUAUCUGCAGAAUGAGAGUUCAACCAACCGGAAGUGUGUGGUCGACAUUGUUGGCUGCUUGUAGGGCUCAUAAGAAUGUUGAAUUAGCCGAGAAGGUUCUCGACAAGAUAAUUUUGGUCGAUCCUGAAAACAUAGGUGCUUAUAUUUUGAUGUCAAACAUCUAUUCAUCAGCUCAAAGAUGGAAAGAUGCUUCAAAGUUGAGAACCUACAUGAGGAAAAAGGGCUUGAAGAAGACUCCAGCAUGCAGCUGGAUUGAAGUUGGAAACAAAGUCCAUACUUUUACGGCUGGAGAUAAAUCACAUCCAUAUUACGACAAAAUAAACGAGGCAUUGUAUGUAUUAUUGGAGCAGAUGGAGAAAGAAGGUUAUGUUCUUGACACAAGUGAAGCACUUCAUGAUGUUGAUGAGGAACACAAACGUGACUUGUUACUCACCCACAGUGAGAGGCUUGCCAUAGCAUUUGGCAUCAUUAGCACUCCUGCAGGUACAACUAUCCGCGUAAUAAAGAAUAUUCGGGUUUGUGUGGACUGCCAUACAGCAAUUAAGUUUAUUGCAAAGAUUGUUAACAGGGAAAUCAUUGUCAGGGAUAAUAGCAGAUUUCACCAUUUUAAGAAUGGAUCUUGUUCAUGUGGAGAUUAUUGGUAAUAUUAAUGUAGCAACUAUGGUUGAAUUCUCAGAAUAUAGUGGUUUUUCAUUCUCAAGUUUAUAAUUGAAAAGAGCAAACCUCCAUGACCUGAUCCUUUACUUGUGCUA